AUGGUCUAUGGGUAUGCUGCAAUGCUGCCAAUGGAACUUACCGUUGCGUCUACUUGUCGUUUAUACCAGAGUAAAUUAUCCAAGGACGAUUACUUUGACAAGAUGGUGAUAGACUCUUUGGACCUCGACGAGGAUAGACUGGCUGCGUUGGACAACCUUGAAGCCCAGAAAAGAAGAGUUGAAAGUGCGUACAAUAAACGUGUAAAACCCAAGUCAUUCGCUAUAGGCGACAUGGUGUGGAAAGCUAUCUUACCUAUCGGCCAUAAAGACAGGAGACUGGGAAAAUGGACCCCGAAUUGGGAAGGACCAUUCAUUGUAACCACCAAGUUAACUAAUGGGGCGUAUGUACUGGCAAAUAUUGACGGCGAGGAGCACGAUAGGGCGAUCAACGGCCAAUACCUAUAG